GCCCCUCGGGUUGUUCCUGUGCUCUGGUUUCUGUUUCAGUGUGGAAUUCCUGUAAGCAUACAUGUGAUAGGGAGGCAAGUGGCUAAUUGCGCAGCUGCCUCAGGAAAUGGUUCCUGUGGUCUCUGCAUGCGCUGUGGCCCAGAGGAGCAUUGUGUGUUCCCUUGGGCCUGGAGUAAAUCCCUCCGAGUGAAGCAUAGCUUUCAUUUGGCUUUGUGCCUAACAUCAUCCCACCUGCUAGCAGGUUACAGUGUCAUACCGUGCCCAUCUGACUGGAAAUGUUAUUCACAUGUAAUGCCCUUCAGUGGAAGGCAAUAUGUUUUUGAAAUGAAUCCAAAAGAGGGCCACGAAUAUGGUCAGAGGGCUGGAGCACCUCAGCUGUGAAGACAGACUGAGGGAGCUGGGCUUGUUCUUAGCCUCUGAAAGUAAAGCCGAAGAGAGGUAUGACUACUGUUGACUGAUGUUAAUUUGUUAUGUUUUAAAUAUUUUGUAAAUGCGUAUUUUUUUCCUGAAUUGUAUACAGUGUAUUGAAGAGUCUGCGAGAAGGUCUGAGCUGCCCACAGCCAUCUGAUGCUGGGAUCUGAGUGUUUCUUUGGGAUCCUGAGCUGGGUGCCAGUAAUGAAGAGUGUUUGAUGAUGACCAUCUCAGUUUGAGGUGGAGAAUUAGGGAAUAGAGACAUCUUUAUCUAGUUCUCAUCCCAUGGGGUGUUCUGUGCUGGGUAUAGAGAAUCGGAGAAACCUGCUGUUACUGGUGUGCCCUGUACCCAAGGAGCCUAGAUGUCUUGGGCAAGGUGUAUUUGCUCUCAUCUCUCAGUGAUGACAUCUCUAGAUAUGCACUUGAAAGCUCUUUUUUUUUUUUUUAGGGUUAUUUGAGGUGGAUGCAAAAGGAAGAAUACCAGAUUGUGUAUAUUUGGUUGUUUUUCUGAGCAAAUUAUUUUGAACUGAAAGACUAAAAAUGAAGACACAUUGUUUUUUUUGCUUGUCCAGACUGUUGAAGACUUGCUUCAUACCAGCAUUGUUCAAGCAGCAGAAGAGUGAAUAAAUAAUGCUCUCCAAAACUUAUUGAAGAAGUCUUAUUGUGUAUUGCAUAGCUGGUGAUCUGACAGUUGCUGCUGCUGUUAUAGUCAAGAGGGCUCUUGAGGAUCCCAAGCAAGUUUAUAGAAAAGGGAUAGAGAUCUGAAAGCAGCUGAGGAUAGGUGUCCUAUAUUAGUCAAGACUGUGAAGAAAUUCCUGAAUUCCUGGGAAGAAAAUAUGGACAUAUGGCAAAAAGACUAGAUCUUAGCUUCAACUUGUUAAGGUCACUAGAAGGACUGAAAACAUUCACUUACUUGGAAGAGCUGAUCUUGGACAACAAUCUACUCGGAAAUGACCUUCUGCUACCCAGGUUACCCCACCUCCACACCUUAACGCUCAACAAGAACCAAAUAACAGAAUUAGAAAGCCUUUUGGAUCAUUUGGCUGAAGUUGUGCCCUCACUGCAGUAUCUCAGUUUGCUUGGAAAUGUGGCCUGCCCAAAUGAAUUGGUCUGCAAAGAAAAGGAUGAAGAUGACUACCAGAGGUACAGGUACUUUGUUCUGCACAAAUUGAAAAACCUGAAAUUUCUUGAUACUCGGCAAGUAACCAGGAAGGAGAGAGAGGAAGCUCUGGUUAGAGGUGCAUUCAUGAAAGUGGUUAAACCCAAGGAUGCUAAGGCCUCCAGCGAUGCUGCCUCAAUCUCUCCAGAGAUGAGCUAUACACCUCUACCUUCAGGAUCCAGAGACCUCACCAAUCACAGAGGCAUCUUGGGAAAAUGUCGCUACAUUUACUAUGGAAAACAUUCCGAAGGCAACAGAUUCAUCCGAGACGACCAGCUAUAAAACACUGCAUUCUUUCAUGCCACUUCAGUCCCUCCACACGAGAAGCACAAAUUGAAUCUAAAUUUUAAGCCUGUAACUAAAGUCCUCUAGUGCCUUCUGCUGACUUUGCCAGGCCUGUCAAGAUCAUCCUUCCAUCUCAGUCUGAGUAGUCACAUAGAGAUUGACAUGAUUGCCUUUAAGCAGGUCCCAUCCACCAGCGUGACAGACAGCUGUGGCAGAGCACCCAGCCUGACAGGAGGAGUGCAUGAUGGAUUGCCCGGUCCAGCUGCUGCACGCAGGAGAGCCGGGGUCACACCUGGGCCUUCACUGAGCAUGCUCCAUAGGCUGGCGCCACACAAAAGCAGCAUGUUUAUCUCCCCCUCGCCUGUUGAGUGAGAGUGCUGGUGAUAUCAAAGUGUUUAUAAAAGAGUAGGGCUGUAAUUUCAGAUGAAAAAGCCCCUUAUCUGCUCUUUUUUUUUUUUUUUUUUUCUUGUGAAUUAAGUGCUUUUGUUUCUAUCAUCUCCUAUAUGCUCACACAAAUCCUCUUCACAGGGUAUUCUUGGUUUUUCCACAAAUGAACCUGUAUGGAUUACUCUUUUUUUCAACAUGAAAAGAUAUAUCCAGAAAAUAUUUUAUCAGUGAACAAUCAAUUUGUAUUUUUGCUUAUAAGGGAAGGAAAAAGAUUUGAGCAGUUUUACAGACAAACAAAAUUUUCUAGUUAUUAAAUAACAUCUCGAAUUUGUUUACCUUGAUCUUCAGAAGAGGGGUCAUUUUUAAUACUGCAAUAGUAGCAUAGGUUCUCUCUGUAGUUGGAAAGGCACUCAAUUAUAAUAUUGACAGUGUAUAUUAUUCCUGGUUUAUUAUGCAAUAUAUAUUUUAGUUGUGUAGAGAGUGCAUUUAGAAUUGAGCACUUAAAUUUGGAAAGAAAAAAGGGCUUAAAAAGUGGGAUGUAAAAUAAAACUGCCACCAGAUGGAUAUGAUUACUCAGCAGGGAAAAAUGUCAAUAAAAGUAACUGGCGGAAUUAACAUAAUUAACAGCUUUACUAAUAUGUUCUGGAGAAAAGUUCAGUUUAAUCCCAUUUGGAGUCUACAUAAGAAAGGCUACUGUGAAGUUUUCAGUGAAAAACCAACAAUGCAUAGCCUAUUUCUUGAUUCUCUGAGAAACAGAUUGAGAUACUUGGAAUCAUGAACAUCUUUCUGUGAAAAAUGAUCCUGAUAAUUAACAAAUAUAUCAUGUUCAGUGCUACUAGUUACAGUGUGAUUGGCACAGGAAUAUGCAAAAAUACUGUCCUCUGGACUGUUCACAAUCCAUGCAUAUUGUUCCUGGCUGAGUGUCACCACUCUCUGGCUGCGUUUGGCUUGUCUGUAAUUAGAUGGUGCUCUUAAUUUACUUUCCUUAAGGAUAAAUGUUAAUUUUUAGAAGUUGUCCACUGUUUUUGUGCGGAGAAGUGAACUGGAUGUUUAAGCCAGUCACAAAAUUUGAUCUGUGUAAAAUAGUGAGACUGAUGGAGUGACAGAGGAAAGUUUGCUGCUGCUGAGGGUUUAAGGCCUUGCACAGUAACUGGAAGACUUCAUUUACUCAAGAAGUCUGUAAUAAAUCAAGCAGAUACUUAAAAUCAGUGAUGAACAAUAUAGAGUGAUCUAGUUCAUACCACUUGCUACACAAACUGGUGUUUGGAAAGUGGGCUUUGGUCACUUGUAAUGAGUCUGCUAAUGUCCUGCAUAGUUACAAUAGUUACAAUGUCCUGCAAGUUAUCCUAGGAGAUACUAGAGAAAGGAAAACUACAGGCCCAUUUUUUUUUCUUUUUUUUUUUUUUUUUCCCCCAGAAAUAGUUCUUAAAAGUAUUUAUGGCGCUUGUCUUCUCUCUUGGCUACUGAAAUAACAGCAGUUCUUGUUUGUUCAUAUUAUAUUGUUCUUUUUGAAGCCUACACGUGUUUUGGCCAUGGCAUAUUAUAAGCAGCAGGUUCUGAAUACGGGUGUUUAGAAUAACCUAAUGUCACUUUCAGUCUGGUUGCAUAUAUGUUCUUGUCUUUAUAAAAGGCUUUAACCCUGCCUCAAACAAUAAACAG